UUGUUGAUCAAAGAAUUAAUAUUCCUGAGAUUUAUGUUCCUGAUCUGAUCGAUAUUAAUCCCAAUUUGAUUUCAAAUGUUAAAAAGGUUCUUUUAUAUAUAGAAAAAAUAACAGGUAUUAGAGAUGGAAUUCAUAAGUGGAUAGUAGUAGCCUAUAAUGAUAUCCCAUAUCAUUAUAGUAUAAAAUUAAAAGAAAAAUUUUCUUGGUUAGUACUUAUACCAGAACAACUUCACGAAGAAAUAAAUAUGCUUCGAGCAUUC